UUCACGUCCAUUCAUGUCUGCUACUCCACGCAGUCCGCGCGUAACUCUAACACAGACCAGACGAUGUGAACUGGGAUCUGCUACCUAGACCGGUCACAAUAAAAUAGUCUGGUUUAUCGUCUGGAGAGCAGCGCUCUCUACUCGGUCAAUCCUGCUCAACACUAACACUAAAUCUGUGUAAGCGUAUGACCUGAGGACAUCAUGUCCUACCCCCCAGGACCGAAAGGACUUCCCAUUGUGGGCAGUUUACUCAGCUACAAAGACCACAGGACCAGCCUCCAGUGGACGAAAGAGUUCGGUCCGUUCUACUGCACCUGGAUGGGGCUACAGGAGAUGGCCUACUUCAACAGCAUCGAGCUGGUUGAAGGCUACAUGGAGGGGGAGGUGGGGGAGCUGAUGCUGGGCAGACCGGAAGGUCCUUUACCUAUAGGUCAAGGCCUUCUCUUUGGUAGCGGAGAAAACUGGGAGAAGAACAGGAUACGCGUGAGAGAGGCCUUAGAGCACCCCAGGUUCAAAUCCAAAUUGGAAGAAGUCAUCCAUCACGAGCUGGGCAUCGCGCUACAGAAGCUUGAUGCCCAGCUGACCCCCGACCCCAUGAGGCUAGGGGAUGUGUUUCUGGAACCGUGUGUGUAUGUUGUUGCUGGGGUCCUUUUAGGGGACCCAGUGCCGCUAGACUCAGAGGACAGGCGUGUUCUGUUGAGCAUCGCCCAGGACAUGUUUCAGUGUAACUUCCGCUCGUUCAUGACACAGUUCUCAUUGAAGUGUCCGAUGACAGCGAAGCUAGUGUCAACGGUUCUCUUCACCGAGUUGGUCGACCUGCAGAAGACGAUCAGCACACUCAGGGCGUUGAUCCGGAAAUGGGUCAAGGCCAUCCGCCAACGGGCAACUGCUAAAGACUCACCCGCCACGAAGCUGGAUGAAGCAUCGGCUAUUUACUCUAUGCUGAAAGAUGUGGGGUUUCACGAAAGCACGGAGGAGAAUGAGGCCGAGCUUGUGAUGACCAUGAACGACAUGUUCUUUGCGGGUACGACCACUGUCCAGUCUGCCUUCGAGUUUACCCUGAUGUAUCUCUCCAAGUACACGCAGCACCAGCAGAGGGCGCGGGAGGAGGUGGACAGGGUGGCGGGGAGCGGCCCACUCUCCUGGGCCAUGAAGGAGAGGAUGCCUUUCGUCUGGGCCUGCGUGCUGGAGGGUCUACGACUGGCGACCUUGACCCCGUCGACUAUACCACACGUGCUGACACAGGAGGUGAAGGUUAAUGAGUACACCUUACGGAAAGGCACCUAUGGCAUAGGAAGUAUGUGCAGCCUACACAGAGACGAAAGAUUUUUCCCCUCGCCCGAAGUUUUUUAUCCCGAGCGUCAUUUGGAUGGCCAAAAUAUUCGGGAUGUUCCCAGUUAUAGGCCAUACGGGAUAGGUCGUCGCAAAUGUAUCGGGUGGGACAUGGCCGAUGUGGAACUGUUUCUCUACACGGCCUCAGUUCUGCGGAGGUACGUCAUCACGUCAGCAGACGACACGCCGCCCCAGGACAUGGAGGUCAAGUCUCUCAUCUGCUGCCAUCUCAAGGACUUCCGGUGUUUUGUCGAGAAGAGAUGAGGGGCUCUUGUGAUUUGGUGAUGGUGUGGUGUGGUGUGGU